CGCCCGACGACGUCACGUCCUCUGCCGCCUCCACGCGCCGUGGUUCCGCUCGCGAGGAUCCGAGUGUCUGGAAAAUAAACGCAAAUAUUAACACUUACCGUUAAAAUAUAUUAAACAAAAAACCCAGAAUCAUGGCGACGACAUUCGAGCAGAUGAGAGCGAACGUCGGCAAACUUCUGCGGGGCAUCGACAGGUAUAACCCGGAGAAUCUGUCCACGCUGGAGCGAUACGUGGACACACAGGCCAGAGAAAACACCUACGACCUGGAGGCCAACCUGGCCGUGCUCAAACUGUACCAGUUCAACCCGGCGUACUUCCAGACCACCGUCACGUCUCAGAUCCUGCUCAAAGCGCUCACCAACCUGCCGCACACAGACUUCACGCUCUGCAAGUGUAUGAUCGACCAGACCCACGUAUCCUUAAUGUGCGCUUCUGGGUGUCCAGGUGUUUCCUUGACAGCAGUGUCGCAGCAGGAGGAGCGUCCGAUAAGACAGAUCCUGUACCUGGGGAACCUGCUGGAGACCUGCCACUUCCAGAGCUUCUGGGCCAGUCUGGAGGAGAAUCGAGAUCUGAUCGAUGGAAUCACAGGAUUUGAGGACUCCGUGAGGAAAUUCAUCUGUCACGUCGUGGGAAUCACGUAUCAGAACAUCGAGCACCGGCUGCUGGCCGAGAUGCUGGGAGAUCCUCUGGACACGCAGGUGAAGGUCUGGAUGAAUAAGUACGGCUGGACAGAGAAUGAAGAUGGACAGAUAUUUAUUCACAGUCAGGAGGAGAGCGUCAAGCCCAAGAACAUCGUGGAGAAGAUCGACUUUGAGAGUGUGUCCAGCAUCAUGGCGACUUCACAGUGAACACACACACACACACACACACACACAUCAUGCCUGAGUUUCAGCUUGAUUGAACUUUACAAUAAACUAAUUUCAGUAAAGAAA